AUGGCAUUGGAUGACGCCACACUUAAUUCUUUGUUCUGGAUCGGCGCCAAUUACCAUCACCCCAUAGACCUCCCAGACACCACUGGACUGGAGUUGGAGGGAAGGUAUCCUCCAGUGUCCAGCCCCGAUCCAGAACCACCGCUCCUCCAUCAAGUCUGCCGGCCGCUCCAUUGUCAAGCCCUCCAGCCAAUCCGAAGUCCAGUCCACCGGCUGCUCCAUAGACAAGCCCGCCGGCCGCUCAGCAGUCAAGCCCACCAGCCGCUCCAGCCAGCCGCUCCAUCGUUGAGUCCACUGGCCGCUCCAUUGUCAGGCCCGCCGGUCAAUUCACUCCCAAGCCCUAGGAUGACAGCAGUUACCUCCUUCACCUCUGCCCAAAAAAGGAAAAUGCAGAGAAAGAGACUAAGUCAGGCUGCUUGGAGGUUCUCGCUGCUCUGGGAGGUGCUGGGAGCAGCUGCUUUUGAUAAAGGAGAUGCUCAGAUGUGGACACAAGAGAUUCAGUGCAGAGGAAAUGAGUCUCAGAUUCACCUCUGUCCAACAUCACCAUCACAUGAAAACGACUGUUCUCAUGACUAUGGUGUUGGACUAAUGUGUACAGAACAUGUGAAAGUGAGACUGCUAAAUGGUAGCAGUCGCUGUGCUGGUAGAGUGGAGGUUCUUCACAGAGGUCAGUGGGGAACAGUGUGUGGUGCUGGUUGGGAUAUGGCUGAUGCUGCAGUGGUGUGUAGAGAACUGGACUGUGGAGAACCUGUAGAUGCUCUGGGUGGUGCUCAUUUUGGACAAGGAUCAGGACCAAUCUGGACAAAUUUUGCCAUGUGUACUGGAUCAGAGUCCACACUGAAGAACUGUGGUUCAUUAGGACAAGGUGGGCAAGGCUGUGAUCCUAUUGGAGAUGCUGGAGUCAUCUGCUCAGGAGUCAGGCUGGUUGGAGGUUCUCGCUGCUCUGGGAGGUUAGAGAUACUUCAUGAUCAGACGUGGAUGUCAGUGUGUGACGCUGCCUUUGACCAGCAGGAUGCAGAGGUUGUGUGUAGAGAGCUGGACUGUGGGGCUCCUGUACAGGUGCUGGGAGCUGCUGCUUUUGAUAAAGGAGACGCUCAGAUGUGGAAACAAGAGAUUCAGUGCAGAGGAGACGAAUCUCAGAUUCACCUCUGUCCAACAUCACCAUCACAUGAAAGCAACUGUUCUCAUGACAGUGAUGUUGGACUGGUGUGCGCAGACCGUGUAAAUGUGAGGCUGGUUGGUGGUCACAGUCGCUGUGCUGGUAGAGUGGAGGUUCUUCAUAGAGGUCAGUGGGGAACAGUGUGUGAGCAUUUCUGGGAUAUGGCUGAUGCUGCAGUGGUGUGUAGAGAGCUGGACUGUGGAGAACCUGUAGAUGUUCUGGGUGAUGCUCAUUUUGGAUCAGGAUCAGGACCAAUCUGGCUGAGUACUGUCAUGUGUACUGGAUCAGAAUUUACACUGAAGAAUUGUGGAUCAGCAGGAUGGGGUAAACCUGUCUGUGAUCAUCGUCAAGAUGUUGGAGUCAUUUGUUCAGAUCAUAAACAUUCCAGACUUAUUAACGGAUCUCACCUUUGCUCUGGGAGAAUAGAGGUGGUUCAUGGGAACACAUGGCACACAGUGUGUGAUGCUGCCUUUGACCAGCAGGAUGCAGAGGUUGUGUGUAGAGAGCUGGACUGUGGGGCUCCUGUACAGGUGCUGGGAGCAGCUGCUUUUGGCAAAGGAGACGCUCAGAUGUGGACACAAGAAAUUCAGUGCAGAGGAAAUGAAUCUCAUAUAUAUUUUUGUCCACAUACAUCUUUAAGCAAAAACAACUGUUCCCAUGACAAUGAUCUUGGAGUUAUAUGUUCUGGUUACACUGAUCUCAGGCUGGUAAACAGUUCAGACUCUUGUUCUGGAAGAGUGGAGCUUCAAUAUAGCAGUAAAUGGGGCACAGUGUGUGAUGCAUGCUGGGAUAUGAGAGCUGCCAGUAUCCUCUGUAGACAGCUGAAUUGUGGGAUUGCUGUGUCUGUUGUGGGAUCAGACUGGUUUGGAGAGGGAAGUGGUGAAAUCUGGGCUGAUGUGUUUGAUUGUGACGGGAAUGAAACAAAGCUCUCAGAAUGUUCCAUCUCUUCGUGGAGUCGAGCUGAAUGUUCUCAUAGACGAGAUGUUGGAGUCAUCUGCUCUGAUUCUUCUCUGGCUCGUCAUUAUGGUCUGGUGCGGUUAUCUGGAGAGAGACAGUGUGAGGGGGAGGGGGAAGUUUUCAUUCAUCAGGUCUGGAGGAAAGUUCUGCUGGACCCCUGGAGUCUCACUGAAUCCUCUGUGGUCUGCAGACAGCUGGGCUGUGGCUCUGUGCUGAACUUCUACGGCUCCUCUUCAUCCAGUCCUGAACACAGUCAUGAGUGUGUGACGGGCUUCCAGUGCUCUGGGAGUGAUGCUCAUCUGGGGAACUGCAGCUCUCCACAAACCGUCAACUGCAGCUCCACACAACAGCUGUCAAUCACCUGCCAUGGUCGCGGGUCCAUCAGGCUGGUGGGUUCUGGGGGAGACUGUGCAGGGAGGCUGGAGGUUUUUCACAGCGGCUCAUGGGGGACAGUGUGUGAUGACUCCUGGGAUAUUAAAGAUGCUCAUGUGGUGUGCAGACAGCUGCAGUGUGGAGUGGCCCUCAGUAACCAGCAGGUACCAGCCUGGUUUGGUCCUGGUUCUGGACCCAUAUGGCUGGAUGAGGUGGAGUGUGAGGGGAAUGAGACGUCCCUGUGGAGCUGCUCUUCUCCAGGCUGGGGAAAACAUGACUGUAAACACAAGGAGGAUGUAGGAGUCGUGUGCUCAG